CCGCCGCGGCCGCCGCUGUCAAAGUGGAUCCCGGGCGCUGCGCUGCCAUGGAGGGACGGGAAGCGGAGUGGCCGCCGCGAGGGAAGGAGGAGGAGGAGGAGGAAGCGGCGGCGGCGGCGGCGGCGGGGAAGGAGGAGGAGGAGCGGGAAGAAGGGGAAGAACGGAGGAAAGCGGCCGAGUGAGAAGCGGGGCAGGGCAAGGCAAGGCACCCGAAGCGCCUCCGCAGCGGAGCCCGCGUUGUGCGCGCCUCCUGCCGCCUCCGCCAGCUAUGCUGUGCCCGGCGCGGGGCAGCUGAUCCUCGCCCGGCCAGGCCGAUGCCCUUCGGGCGCCUGCCGCCCUCGGACUCCUCUUCGUUGCUGCUGCUGCUGCUGCUGCUGCUGCAGCCGUCGUCCGCCUGCGGGGCUGCUCCUUCUCCCCCGCGCCGGCUCCUCUCCCGCCUGCGCUUCUCCUCCUCCUCCUCCUCCUCCGGCCGCGGCCAUGCCGGCUUUGCCCUUCUAAAGAUGGCGGUGGGCGAUCGCUGCUGCUGCAACCUUUAGACUCAUGACUGUCAGAAACAUCGCCUCCAUUUGUAAUAUGGGCACCAAUGCCUCCGCUCUGGAAAAAGACAUUGGGCCAGAGCAAUUUCCACUUAAUGAACACUACUUUGGACUGGUCAACUUUGGCAACACAUGUUACUGUAACUCCGUCCUGCAAGCUCUGUUCUUUUGCCGGCCAUUUCGGGAGAAUGUGCUGGCGUAUAAGGCCCAGCAGAAAAAAAAAGAAAACCUCUUGACCUGCCUAGCAGAUCUUUUCCACAGCAUUGCUACACAGAAGAAGAAAGUUGGGGUGAUUCCUCCCAAAAAAUUCAUCUCCAGGCUACGGAAGGAGAAUGAUCUUUUUGACAACUACAUGCAGCAGGAUGCUCACGAAUUUUUGAAUUACUUGCUGAACACGGUUGCUGACAUUCUACAAGAGGAGAAAAAGCAGGAAAAACAAAAUGGCAAAUUGAAAAAUGGAAACAUGAACGAAGCAGAAGAGAACCAUAAGCAGGAGCUCACGUGGGUGCACGAGAUCUUUCAAGGAACCUUGACCAAUGAAACGAGAUGCUUGAACUGUGAAACUGUUAGCAGCAAAGAUGAAGAUUUUCUUGAUCUCUCUGUUGAUGUAGAACAGAACACAUCCAUAACUCACUGUUUAAGAGACUUCAGCAACACCGAAACAUUGUGUAGCGAACAGAAAUACUACUGUGAGACCUGUUGCAGCAAACAGGAGGCUCAGAAACGGAUGAGGGUGAAGAAGCUUCCAAUGAUCCUUGCCUUGCAUCUGAAGCGGUUCAAGUAUAUGGAGCAGCUACACCGGUACACCAAGCUCUCUUACCGAGUGGUCUUCCCCCUGGAGCUGCGACUCUUCAACACAUCGGGAGAGGCCAUCAACUUGGAUCGCAUGUAUGACUUGGUGGCUGUUGUCGUUCACUGUGGCAGUGGGCCUAACCGUGGACACUAUAUCACCAUCGUGAAAAGUCAUGGCUUCUGGCUCCUGUUCGAUGAUGAUAUUGUAGAGAAAAUCGAUGCACAAGCUAUUGAAGAAUUCUAUGGCCUGACGUCCGAUAUAUCAAAAAAUUCAGAAUCUGGAUAUAUUUUAUUUUACCAGUCAAGGGAAUGAUUGGGAAGACUUGUGACUUUCUCCAUACUAGAGUGGAUCCUGACCAACGCUGUUAACCUGACUACUCUGUAGACCUGACCAAUACAGCCCACGCAGGAUCAUUGCUUAAUCGUUGACUAAAACUCCUAACUUAUGUCUGGAAGAUUCUCCCAUCUUAAGUCAUCAAGAAGAAGAGCAAAUGUAGAGAGGCUCACAUUCAUCAGGUGAAUCCACCAAAUGGAGGUAUAAUGUUGGAUAGAUGCUUGCAUCACCGUUUAAGGACCACUUCUUCUUCGCCCAUUCCUUUUCAGCAGUGAUUUUCAGACUGUGGAGUUGUGGAGUUUCUCGACAGAUUCACGAGGAUUCCUCAAUAAUAAGACCACUCAAAAUGAGAGCAAUCUACAAGAUACCUACUAGAGGUCUACGACAGCUUGCCGCAACCAGCUCGCCAUGGGAGAAGAGUUACACUAAUAUCAAAGGAAUAGAAAUAGAAUCAUUAAAGGAGGCUAAAGGAAGGACAAUGAAAUGUGAAUGACAAAAAAAUAAUUUUUAAAUUAUUUUAAAUAAUGAAAUUGAAUUGUUGAGUUGUUGCAUGGUGAGUUGGCCAUGUCGGAUUCUCCUGCGGUGAGUUGACCAUACCGAAUUGGUCAUCAUAAGUUGGCCAUCGUGAGUUGGCUGCAGUAAGCAGUCUCAUUCCAUUACUAUCAGACCAGGUGAUUCAUUGCUGAUCCCUACAGGGACAGAGACAAGAAGGAAGAAUUUGUUUGAAGAAGCAAGAAUAUAUUCUCACAAGGAAUAGCAUCAGCUGAAAACAACUUCACUCAAGCCACUUCUCCAAAACCAGGAACCAGAGUUGAUAGCCAAUUCCUUAAAGCAGCUUUUCCGAGCCUGUGUAUUUUUAGAUGUUUUUUUAGGCUGCAAUUUGCAUCUUGAGCUUUUCACAUGCUGUUCAGGGAUAGUGUAAGUUGUUGUCUACAACAUCUCGGGGCCUCUUGCUGAUUUUUUUUAUCUGUUCAUCCCGUAACUACAGUAUAGGUAGUCCUCGGCUUAUGACCGUAAUUGAGCCACGCCCAAUUUUAUCACCUUUUGGGGCAAUGGUCAUUAAGUAAAAGCGUUGGUUGUUAAGCAAACCUAUUUUAGCCAAUAGGCUAAAUCCCCAAACUUGGCAAUUUUAAGACUUGUGGACUUAAAGCUAUCCUGGCUGGAGAAUUCUGGGAGUUGAAGUCCACAAGUCUUAAAGUUGCCAAGUUUGAAGACCCCUGGGCUAAAUGAUAAGUUUCCUGCAAAAAAAAAAAAAUUGUAGAAAAUCACAGUCACCUGACCACAGGAUGCCACAAAUGGCCGGAAAUGGGGACUGGUUUCCAAGCACCCAAUCGCGUGACUGGGAUGGCUCUCAGGAUUUUGAAACCAGAUGGUUAAUAAUUCUGGGGAGAUCCAUCAUAACUUUGAAUGGUUGUUGGUCAUAACCGAGGACUCUCUGCACUGAUGUUAGACUGAAGGUAUGCUGUAUUUUAAAGUGUGCACAAUGCAUUUUUUUAAAUUGAUGAAUUCCAGGAAGCCUUAGCAGCCCAUGCUAUAUAAAGUGAGUUUUUCAGGAGCCUUGUGAUAAGUGCUUCUGAAAAGAUUGUGAAAAGGGUUUUCGUGUUGUAGGAAAUCUGAAACCAUUGCUUUCAAGGUAAUUGCCAUUCACAGGAAGGCAAGAUAAAUACUUUUUGGAACUGG